AUGACUUUCAUCAUUCGCAAACUAUUGUGUAGACAGAGACAAUGUGUGCACAAUGUUCAGGAGUUCUCUUUCAAGGUGAUCUCACUGAUUGACAUAUGCAAUCAAGCGAAUGCAAUGGAAGAGGGUCGUGAGCUGUAUGGGACUCUUGGGGUAGCUGAUCUCCCCCCCAAAACAGCAGCUAUCAUUCGUGCUAAUUGUCAGAUGGGGACUCAGUAUAAGGUGGAGAAGACUGGCAGAAGUUCAUACCAUGUGAGCGGUGACACUGGAGCCAAGGAGGAGCGUGUGGUGGUGAUGGAGGCAGCGGAUCCAGAGAAGGCGCAAUGCACGUGUAAUUAUUCGAAAGAGUAUGGGCUGCCUUGUAUGCACAUGUGUUACACUUCCAAUGCCUUGAAGGAGCUCUACAGCACGGAGAUUCGCACUCUGGACCGCACAGAGAUAGUUCCAGACAAAACAGUUGAGCCACCAGUGUACCCAAAGAAGUCGGGAAGGCCACGCAUCAAUCGGCUGAGGAGGCAACAUCGUGAACAUGGACAACCACCGAAUGGUGGGGGGGUGAUGGACGGCAACGCGACUCACGCGGCGGAUGGGGAGAAUGGAGGUGUUGAAGUAUCAGACGAGGAGGAGGACGGCAGUUCAGAGUCGGAGGGGGAGAGAGAAGAGCAGCCAAUGGAAGCGGGUGCUGAUGUCCAACAGGCAGUCCCAUCUGUAUUGCGUGAACUGAGAGUGGGGGAGUGGGGGAGAGGGGAGGAGCAUCCGAGAGUGAUGGUUUGUGGGAGCGGGGAGGAGCAACCGAGAGCGGGGCGGGGAGGGGAGGAGAGGAGAGCGGGGCAGGGAGGGGAGGAGCAGCCGAGAGCGGGGCAGGGAGGGGAGGAGAGGAGAGCGGGGCAGGGAGGGGAGGAGCAGCCGAGAGCGGGGCGGGGAGGGGAGGAACAGCCGAGAGCGGGGCGGGGAGGGGAGGAACAGCUGAUAGUGGGGAAGGGAGGGGAGGAGCAGCAGGGAGCGGGGUGGGUAGGGGAGGAGCAGCAGGGAGCCAUGGGGGGAGGGGAGGAGCAGCAGGGAGCGGGGCGGGUAGGGGAGGGGCAACAGGGAGUGGGGCGGGGAGGGGAGGAGAAGAGAGCGGGGCGGGGAGGGGAGGAGCAGUCGAGAGUGGAGCGGGGAGGGGAGGAGCAGCAGGGAGCGGGGCGGGGAGGGGAGGAGCAGCUGAUAGUGGGGAAGGGGGGGGAGGAGCAGCAGGGAGCGGGGCGGGUUUGGGAGGAGGAGCAGGGAGCCGUGGGGGGAGGGGAGGAGCAGCAGGGAGCGGGGCGGGGAGGGGAGGAGCAGCUGAUAGUGGGGAAGGGGGGGGAGGAGCAGCAGGGAGCGGGGCGGGUUUGGGAGGAGGAGCAGGGAGCCGUGGGGGGAGGGGAGGAGCAGCAGGGAGCAGGACGGGUAGGGGAGGAGCAGCAGGGAGCCGGGGGGGGAGGGGAGGAGCAGCAGGGAGGCGGGCGGAGAGGGGAGGAGCAGCAGGGAGCGGGGUGGAAAGGGGAGGAGCAGCAGGGAGCGAGGUGGAGAGGGGAGGAGAAGCCGAGAUCGGGGCAGGGAGGGGAGGAGCAGCAGGGAGCGGGGCGGGGAGGGGAGGAGCAGCAGGGAGCGGGGUGGAGAGGGGAGGAGCAGCAGGGAGCGGGGGGGGUAGGGGAGGAGCAGCAGGGAGCGGGGGGGGGAGGGGAGGAGUAG